AAUAUUUAAACGGAAGUCCUCCAAAAUCCGACAUCUUUAAACGCGUCAUGUUUAGCAACAGACGCACGCACUGGUGGCGGUAGCGUUCUACAAACUUACUUAAAUACCUUCCGCAGCGACAACUAAAGGACGUCUCCGCCCAAAGGUUGUACAUGCCACCAUGGCGUCCUACAAGCUGCUGAACCCAGAAAGUGUACAGUUAUCCGAGGGGAGGAAUUGCCUUGUUGGAGAGGUGGAGACAGACAGAGUAUCUCUGCUUCCCCGACGGCUGCCAUGCUCCAUCACCACAAGUCUCAUAAUGAUCGGCUGCCUGCUGCUGCUCUUGUGCGGUGGCUGGCUAGUGGGCACCACGUUCUGGCUCCACAGGCCCUACACCCUGUUGCCGCACAAACCCCCAACACCAGUCAAAGCGCCAGAAACAGUCUCCACAGUCAAUGACACUUUGGCCAAGUCCCGUCUCCGUGAGACUUGCAGCCUAAUCCCAGAGGUGUGGAGGUUUGACUGUUACCCGGAGAGGGGAGUUGUUGUUACCAGAGAGCUAUGCGAAGCGAGGAAUUGCUGCUUCAUCUCUUUGUCCUCUUCUGACGGUAUCCCCUGGUGUUUUUAUCCACCGGAAUUUCCAUCCUAUGCGCUCAAGUCAAUAAAUGACACCGACUUGGGGCAGAGCGGUACGCUCGUAAAAGAGGUGAAGACUUACUACCCCGCAGAUGUUAUGACUCUGGAGUUUGAGAGCAGAUACGAGUCGGACACACGACUGCGUGUCCGGAUCACAGACCCUUCAAGUUCACGCUACGAAGUCCCAAUCUCAGUUCCCAUCAUCACCAAAAAGACAGAAAGCCCUGCCUACACCGUGGAGCUCUCAAAGGAGCCGUUUGGCCUCAUCGUGAGGAGGACCGCUACUGGUACUGUGCUCUUAAACACCACAGUGGCUCCUCUCCUCUACGCCGAUCAGUUCCUGCAGUUCUCCACCGCUCUGCCCAGUAACUUCAUCUACGGGCUGGGGGAGCACCGCUCGUCCUUCCUGCACAACCUCCAGUGGGACACGCUCACGAUGUGGGCCAGAGAUGUGCCCCCCAUGGAAAAAGCUAACCUGUAUGGAGUUCACCCCUUUUACCUGGUGAUGGAGAAUGAUGGAAAUGCACAUGGCUUCUUCUUUCUGAACAGCAAUGCAAUGGAUGUUAUCCUGCAACCCGCUCCGGCAAUCACCUGGCGUACAAUUGGAGGCAUCCUUGACUUUUACGUCUUCCUGGGUCCUGAUCCCGGAUCUGUGGUUGAACAAUAUCUGGAUGUCAUAGGUCUUCCAGCAAUGCCCAUCUACUGGGCUUUGGGCUACCAUCUGUGUCGCUGGGGUUUUAAUUCGAGCGACUCCACCUGGGAUGUAGUUAAGCGCAUGAGGAAUAAUAUGGUCCCUCAGGACGUCAUGUGGAACGAUAUUGACUACAUGGACAGGUUUAUGGACUUCACUUAUGACCCGAUUAACUUUGCAAAGCUGCCUGACAUGGUGAAGGACCUGCACGCUCAUGGCCAACGCUACGUCAUGAUCAUUGAUUCUGGUAUCAGCAGUGUUCAGCCUGAAGGAUCCUACUUGCCCUACGAUGAAGGACUCAAGAGAGGGGUUUUUAUUAAAGACGCUGAAGGAAAGACACUGAUUGGCAAGGUUUGGCCGGGUCUGACUGCAUAUCCUGAUUUCUCUGAUACUGCGACCUAUGAAUGGUGGUACGAAAAUCUAAAGAAGUUCCAUGAGCAGGUGCCUUUUGAUGGAUUAUGGCUUGACAUGAAUGAACCAUCAAAUUUCGUAGAUGGCUCCACUAAUGGCUGCCCAUCAAACAACCUGGAGAAUCCUCCAUACACACCAGGUGUGCUGGGAGGUUUGUUGAGAGCUAAAACUAUAUGCACAUCAGCGCAGCAGAAGCAGUCGACGCACUAUAACCUCCACAGCCUGUAUGGACUCAUGGAAGGAAAAGCCUCUGCAAGUGCCCUGAUUAGGAUCUUAGCCAAGAGACCUUUUGUGAUAUCUCGCUCCACCUUCCCUAGCCAGGGGAUGUACACUGGCCAUUGGCUAGGAGACAACAUUAGCCAAUGGAAGGACUUGUCCUCCUCCAUAUCAGGUAUAUUGACGUUUAACCUCCUGGGCAUCCCGUUGGUGGGAGCAGACAUCUGCGGCUUCAGUGAGGAGCCUCAGGAGGAGUUAUGCGUCCGCUGGACACAGUUGGGCGCUUUCUAUCCCUUCGCCCGCAACCACAAUGCCUUCAACAUGAAGCCGCAGGACCCGACAGCAUUCAGCCCGCUGGCCCUCACAGCCAUGAAGGAGGCUCUGCUGUUGCGCUAUUCUCUCUUCCCACUUCUCUACACUCUCUUUCACCAUGCACAUGUACAAGGACACACCGUCGCAAGACCGCUGAUGUUUGAAUUCCCAAAGGAUGUAAAAACCUACGGGAUUGAAAAGCAGUUCCUGUGGGGGAGGAGUUUGCUGGUUACACCAGUGUUGGAACCUGGAGUAGACUUUGUGGCGGGUUACUUCCCCGAGGGUCUGUGGUAUGACUAUUACACGGGUGACUCUUUAAAAAGCAUGGGCGAAGAACUGCGACUCUCGGCUCCUCUGGACAAGAUCAACCUGCAUUUGAGGGAAGGAUCUGUCAUUCCAACGCAGACGCCCAACCUGACCUUGUGGGUGAGCACUGGCCAGCCUCUUCAUUUGCUCACUGCACUUUCCGACAAUGGCACCGCCUGUGGCGAUCUGUUCUGGGAUGACGGCGAGAGUCUCGACACCUUUGAGAACAACUACUACGCUUACAUCGUCUUCAAUGUGGCUCAGCAAACGAUGACCUCGCAAGUGCUCCACAACCACGUGGAGGCCUCUUACAUCACCGUGGAGUCGGCGUCCUUCUAUGGCGUGAAGCAGAUGCCAAGCAGAGUGCUAGUGAAUGCCCAAGACACAGCCUUUACCUACAAAAGCAACCAGGUUCUAACGGUGGCAAAUAUCAGCCUGAACCUCAGUCAGAACUUCACCAUCAGCUGGAUGUGAUCACUGCGGUGCUCUUGGCUGACGGUCAGUCCAAGUAGGCCGAAGUGUUUUCAAAAUAUAUAGGAGCAAACAUGCUAAAUAGAACCACUUUACAUUUGUGUUCUAUUUGGUUUUAAUAGCUGGGUUAGGAAGACUUCUGUGUCGCUGCGGAGGUUCUCAGAAAUGAUUGCGAUUUACACCAAAGUACCCUAUGACCUCCACCAAGGAAGUUUUUGUGUGAGUGUUCUUGCCUUGUUCUAUUUAUCUAGGAAAAAAACUGCAGGAAAUUCCCAUUAUUGGUGACCAUGCACACACUUAUGACCAAUUGUACAAAAAAUGUCCACAAACAGCACAAGUUGCAAGGUCUGUAGCGUUAAUGAGAAUCCUCACAUAUGGUAGGUUAUAUUUUUAAAGCUUUGGCGCUCUUAAAGAUAUUUGUGUGUGUGCAUUCAUGCAUGGUCGGUCCCAACUUGCAACUGCUGCCUUACACUGUUUGAGCCAAUCCGUGUAUUCCUGAAGGUUCUUCCCUGUAUAAAGAUGUGAUGUCAGGGUGUGAAUGCUGCUACUUUUGCACUAAAUAAUCAGACACUGAUGCCUUGUGAUUUUUCCUUUUGUUGUAUAAUUAUUUAACUCAAUUUGAAUGUUUUCUUUCUUGCUUCGUGUAGUGUGCCAGAGCUCUCCAUCAGCAAUAAAGUUUGUUUUAAAAAUAA